CUGACACCUCCUGAGAGCGUGUCAGCUAUGGUCAUCGAUUCAGACCCGCUUGAGGGUGAUAAGAUGGAGGUUGUGUCACCUUCUCCACCUGGAAACAAAUCUGCAACUGCUGUGCGGGUGCAUCAGACUUCAAGAUCACCGCUACCUCAAGAACCGGUGCCCACGGUUGUGAGCGUUGACCACGGCCAUGGAGACAGUGCGGUUUUAGAGCUUCCUGUGAGACAAUCUCCUCGCAAAGUGCAGCAAAGUCCAACCUCACUACAAGUGCCCAAGCCCGUAUCGCCGCCUGCUCCAGCCCCGACUAAGCCGCUGAACGAGACGAAUGCAGAAAGUGCUACCAAGAAGGCAGAUCAUCUUCUCAUCUUUUUGAAAGAAGUGAAGAGACUCAAAUGGGCAGACGUCGCCAAAGAGUUCGCGAAAGACAUACCAGGGUGCAGCUAUGUGCAGUUACAAUCGCGCUAUUCACAAACACUGAACAAGCGAGAUCGGUCGCAAGAUCCACCAACACUAAAUCUGCCUCCAAGAUUCGCCGCAGAAGCCACAAUCGAUUGGGCCCUAGUACAUGCGAACGCCGAAGGCCCUCGAGUCCGCAAGCAGGUUGUCGAUCUGGGCAUCAGUGGAGCACUGCGCCAACACCAUGUUGGCAGGCCAAGAGCUGUGCAGCAGGUCAGAGAUAACGAUGACUCCUCUGGCACGGAUUCAGCGCCUCAAAGACAGAGAAGACAACGUGCUGCUCCUGUCAACUAUACAUGGCCGAAGUUGCGAACUACAGAGGGCGGAGUGAAGGAGUGGGUCGACGAGGAAGACUCUACCGUUGGCCUCAGUCCGAAUAAUGAAGCGCCCACACGCUUAGAGUCACCGGCUGACAGGACUCUUAUAACUCCAGGUACGACCACCUUGGUCCAAACCAAGCCUCUGGAAAUAAAUUUCUAUUCGAAAGACGCACAGCUUGGUUUGACCCUGCAAAGAGGCUCGCGGAAUGUCCAGCAAGAACGCGUGCCAUACUUAUCAUGGUCACAACGUCUUGCCAUGCGUGACGAAUCUGAACAAUGGAUUUGGGAUCAAUGGAGCAUUCAAGACUGGCAAGGUGUGGUUUUGCAUGUGGACUUUAGCCCAGCAGAACUACAAACAGUUGAGAAAGUUUUCGCGAAAGUCAUUCCUCCAGGCCGACAGACGCGCCAUAGCACGUACAGAAGGCACCUGCGCACAAUUUUCAAGGACCUCGCUGAACCGCGAUUACAAAAGCUGGCCCAUGAGAUUGGUCGCCAUCUUCAUUCUCGGGAUGCUCAAAGCAUAAAAUUCUUCCUCGAAGAUGCCGCUGCGGGUAAGGUGUCAGAUGUGCCCCAGAUACAGCGUUUUGCAUUGCCUAAGCCAAGCACAAAUUUCAGCAGCAUCCAGAAGGUGUCGGUACCGUCCCUCAUUCGUCAGCGUGAGCUUGGACAGCACUCAAGAAGAGGCUGGCAAGCAGCAUCAACGCCACUGACAUACCAAACCAAGGACCAGCGUAUGGAUACUUUGGGACCCAAAUCCACGUGGACUGGAGCUUCGAGUGACCUACAUACUGUGGCCUGGUCCCCUGAUGGUCAGUACUUUGCAGCAGGGGCUGUCGCAGUCACUGAUUCGGACUCCAUGCAGUACAAUAGGCCCAAUGUGCUUAUGUAUGGCGAUACUACCAACGGCAACAUCCAUGAGCUAGGAGAACACUUCAUAGCGCGCCCAAAGACUGAGGCUGGUGCUAACUCGACGCACGCUAUGUACGUGUCCCAAGAUCCCAAGCUUUACACCACUGUCAGUUCGGUGGCUUUCUCACCAUCUGGAAAGUUGAUGUAUUCCGCCGGUUACGACGAGACAGUCUGCAUCUGGAACGUAACAGCAGGCUCCACACAACCGCAAAUGGUUCGGCAGUUGGGGCACAAAGCGCCAGUGGACAUUCUGGCAGUGAACCAAAACUUCAAUGGUAUCAUCGCCACCGCAACGAAACGAACAACCGACAAAUCGAUCAAGCUUGUUUUCUUUGACGAGGAAACAGUCUACGACAAACAUUGGCGACCUGAUGUCAAGAAUUUCGCCUCUGCGAAAGCUUUGAACCGUCCCAAUCUCAACAUGUCCGCUACUGCGCUGAAGUUCGACCCGACUGGUCAAUUGCUGCUUGCAGGCUUUGGCGCGUAUAUUCGCGAAGAUAGUGGUUUGCAUACAUCAGGAGACAUUUGUCUGUGGGACGUGGAAACUCAAACGAGCCUCCAAGUCUAUGGCUCUAGCCGCAAUGUCUUUGACGUUGCCUUUAACCCAGCACCGAGAUUUCAGAGCCUCUUUGCUGUUGGAUGUGUUGCAAAUGGCAACGUUAACAGAGGUACUCGCUCGGUUGUCCGUUUCUAUACCACGAAGGGCACGAAGGGUGGUUCUGAUCCUAAGCUUAUUUGCCCGCUUGAGCUCGAAUGCAAAGCUUUUGAUAUGAACGAUGUUGUCUGGUGUCCGUAUGACGAGAAUCUGAUCGCAGCUGGAUGCACAGAUGGGCGCUCCUACGUGUGGGACUUGCGCAGACCGGACAGACUACUCUACACCCUACCUCACGGAAGCUCCCUGAUGCCUUUACAGGAUGGUGUACCUCACGAGAGGACAGAUACUGGUGUACGCUUCUUGUCAUGGGGGCAAAACGCAAGGCGACUUUACUCCGGUUCAUCAGAUGGGGUCGUCAAGAUUUGGGAUGUCACUCGAUCGCAUGAAGAUGCGUACAUCAGAGACUUAAUCACCACCAAUUCUGGUAUCAUGUCGGGAGCCUUUACUACUGACCACAGCAAACUCGUUCUCGGCGAAGUCAACGGCACUGCAAACGUUCUCGAGGUCGGCAGAGAUGACAUUCUUCUCAAAGACGCAGAUAAGCUUCAAUACCAUCCUUACCGCGGCAAAGACGACGAAGAUGUGGAUGCUGGUAUGGACAUUGACGCAACAUCUCCUGUGCCUACCGACACUGCGGCUGCAGAAGCACGCAAAUGGCUUGAGACUGGGCAGCUGCGGUUGGCACCUAUGGGUGGCCUCCCCAAGCAGCAAGUCAUCCAAGGGCCCAACUACGAAGGACCUUUUGACCGAAGUGAGGAUACCUACACGGACUCUUUGCGCGAUCAAGCCUUCGAGUUCCAGAACAUGGCUACAGCAAAAGGGCUACAGUGCGCUCUUUCAGGAUGCUCCGACAGCAUCAACGUCACCACAUUCGAGGAAGUUGGCGAUUCAGGGCGGAGUCAAGACCGCAUACCCGAUGAGCUCCGCCGACAGUGGCUCGACGAGACCCCACAAAUCGUUCCAGGCAAGCUCAAAUGCACAUAUUGCAGCCGCCCAGCCUUUCCAUCUAAAGACGCAGACAGCGCGGCCCUCUGCGAGCGGUGCUCAUUCACUUGCUUCCGAUGCGGCGGCGCGAGUUACAUCACUGGACAUACGACGACACUUGACUGUGGCUCUUGCGGAGGGGUCUGGAACAUCGGCGCUCUGGGCUACGAAUGUGACCAGAAGCCUAUGGGUUCUGGUAGCCCGCUGGAUGUACCUGCGCUCAAGAGGUUCGGGAAAGAGUCAUAUCUGGAGAGACUGGAGGAUGUGGACACGACAUUUGGUGAUGAGAUGAAUGCGCUCACGGACUACUACUUUGGGCUGGCUAUUGAUCGGCCUGAGAGUCCGCCAUUGUAGAUAGUAUUAGGUAGAGAGACAUGAGAAAGAGCGAUGGACAAGGACAUGAACGGAGCAUAAACUCUGCGAACGCUGGCACAAGCAAUUGAAGCUUUGGUUGGCUU